UUGAUACCUUGGUGGUUCAAGAAAAUUGAGAAAUCGGACGGGCAAGAUAAUAGUUAGACCACGAUCGGGUCCAUUCAUCCGCUGCUCUAGGAUUGUCUUUCAGUCACAAGACUCAUCACACCUCAACAUAGUUCUAACUUCAGCGGGAAAGGGAGAGGUCAUACCGUCGUAGAAAGAUUUCAAUCUCCGCAUCUUCUGUAUUUGUUUUACCAUUUUUUCCUAAAAAUUGACAACAAAGAGAACCCUAGAAGAUGUCUCACGAUAGACACUCUUUGUCUACUUCUAUAACUCCCGAAGAAAGCAAUCUCAGUUUCAAUUCAAUUAGCUGGGACUUCAUGAUUUUAAAGAUGUAGUUCAUGAAUUUGAAGAAUUCACCCUAAUAAAGACAAUGCCACAAGGAGAUCGUCAGAAUUGGUCACCUGUUUGUUGACAUAUUGCAUGAGGCCCCUUUAUAUGGUCAUCGCAGGUUAUGCUGUUGUGGCUGUUGCAGCUCCAUGGAUAUUUCUCCCCAUACAGAAGUUGGUCCCGCCAUUGCUUUGCAGUUGUAAUGCUGCUCUUUUGAUUGUUACAGGAAUUUUUCAACAGUAUUUGGUUUAUCAAGUUCAAAAGGUGCGCUUGCAGGGUUACUAUGUUUUCAGCCAGAAGUUGAAGCACAUUAUUCGCCUUCCUUUUUCCACUGUUGCAUAUGGAACCGCUGCGAUGCUACUUGUCAUGGUUUGGCAACCCCACAUCAAUGUCCUUACUUUGUCAGCUCUAUUAAGGAUAAUUAUGUUUAUUGAAGUCAUAUGUGCUGGAUCUUUUAUGAGCAUCUACAUUGGGUGUGUCCACCAGUACAAUUCAUUGAACUCUCAACCUGAUGUCUUGAAAUCAUUGUAUUCUGCUCUUCAACCAUCAAGUUCUUUGGAAGAGUUAAGGUAUCAUGAUGGUGGUCGACUCUCUGAUCAACAAAUGGCUUUGUUGCAAUAUCAACGGGAAAAUCUUCAUUACUUGAGUGAAGAGAUUCUUCGCCUACAAGAAUGCUUAAGCAAGUAUGAACGCUCUAAUGAUGGAAGCACACCACAGGUUGAUCUUGCCCAUCUAUUAGCAGCUCGUGAUCAGGAACUACGAGCACUAUCUGCUGAGAUGAAUCAAGUGCAAUCAGAGCUACUACUUGCUCGUAAUCUGCUUGCUGAGAGGGAUUCUGAGAUCCAACAAAUUCGCACCACCAACAAUCAGUAUGUUGAGGAGAAUGAAAGGCUUAGAGCUAUUCUGGGUGAAUGGAGUGCUCGAGCAGCAAAGCUUGAACGUGCAUUAGAGGCAGAGCGAAUGUCAAAUUUGGAUUUGCAAAAGAAGAUAUCAAAGCUAAGAGACCAACCAACUGAAUCAACCAAAAAUAGAGGUUAAGCACUUCGGGUUGAAGUAAACGAAUCUGUUGUGCCUUUGUUUGUACAGUUCUCUUCUUUCUUUUCUUUCCCUCAUUUUUCAGUGUUUAAAGAAACAAGAAAUUCACACUAGCGUUCUCAUAAAUGGUAGAGAAAUAGAUGUAAAAAUCAUGAAAUUAUUUUCUUAUUUGCAGAACAUCAAAAUUUCCAUUUUUCC